AUGUUCUGUUAUCUUUUACAGGAGUUGGUUGGUAACACAGCUGAACAGAGAAAUUGGCGUGGAAUAGCCAUUGCCUUGCUAGUUAUAGUUGUUGUCUGUGCCCUUAUUGUUACUGCUGUUAUCCUUGUUACUCCUAUGGUAGAUGAAGAUUUGGGUGAACUAUUUACAUUAGAUGACUAUUUUGAUAAAAAUUAUAAACCCAAAACAUUUCAUUCUACUUGGAUCAGUGAUGAUAAAUUUCUGUAUCGAAAUGAAGAAGGAGCACUGUAUGCAUACGAUUGUACAAAGAAUGCCACUACACUUAUUAUGGAUAACACCACCUUUAGACAGUUUGAUACACCUCAUUUUACCCUAUCAGCAGAUCGACAAUAUGUCCUCCUUAAAUAUGACUUAGCUCAGGUUUUCAGACAUUCCACUAUAGCUUCAUAUGUAGUUUACAACAUUAAUACAAAAGAUCCAUAUGAUUUGAAAGGUCCACAAGGAGAUGAUAAGAUCCAGUAUGUCACCUGGGCUCCCAAAGGACAUGCCCUGAUAUUUAUACAGAAUAAUAAUAUAUUUUAUAAAUCUGAUGUACAAGCUGUACCUGUUAUAAUAGCUGACGGGGGCAUACCUGGUGAAAUAUAUAAUGGUGUACCGGACUGGGUAUAUGAAGAAGAAAUAUUAAGUACAGAUAAUGCCAUGUGGUGGUCACCCAAUGCCACAUUUGUUGCCUAUGCUGUAAUUAAUGAUACCAGGGUACCCAAAUACUACUACCAAAUAUAUGGUAAUUUAGACAGUGCUUAUGGAGAACUUGCCAGUAUUGCUUAUCCAAAGCCUGGAUUUCCUAAUCCCACAAUCAACAUUAAGAUUGUCAAUGUUCUCAAUAAGAAAACGGUGGAGAUUGAACCUCCGUUGAGUUUUAAAAACAUAGAACAUUAUUUUACAUCAGUGAUAUGGAAAGAUGACCAAUCUAUCAUUGUUUCAUGGUUGAACAGACCCCAGAAUCAGUCCAUUGUAACAAUAUGUGAUGUUUCUGGUACUUGUAAAGAGAGCACAAGAGAAGAUGGACAUGGUGGCUGGGUGAGCAUGACGGGUGCUCCAAUAGUUUCACGAGAUGGUUUAAGAUAUUUUAUGAUUUUACCACAAAAAGAUGCAGAUGCUGGGUAUUUUAAUCAUGUAGCCAUGUUGGAAAAGAAGGUAGAGUUAAUGAUAUUUUUAACACAUCAUAGAUGGGAGGUAACAAAGAUAUUAGCAUAUGAUCAGGAAUUAAAGUUAGUUUAUUAUAUUGGUACCGGUGGAGAUCCUCGACAUCGUCAUCUCUAUAGAUCUUCACUAAGUCAUGAUAAAACCCCAUGUUUAGAAUUUGUUGGUCAAGUAUUGACAUCAUAUGUUGCUGAGAUUUUCCAACAUUUUGUUUUCUCCGUAUAUUUCAGCGUUAAUUUGGAACAUCAUUCAACAUGUUUAACAUGUAGUUUAAAUUCUGAUUGUCAAUAUGUAUCAGCUACCUUCAGUUCUUCGACACGAUAUUAUCUAUUAAAUUGUCUGGGACCAGGAGUACCUUAUACUACCCUACGAUCUGUAGCUGGAGCUCAGGGUAAAUUGAAUGGUUAUUUAUCAUUUUUAGUGGCUACAAUGGAAAACAAUACAAUGUUGAGAGAAAAAUUAUCUAAGAAAGCUUUACCAAGGGUUGAAUAUGUACAGAUAGAGGUUGAUAAAGGAUACAAAAUUUGGGGAAAGAUGUUAUUACCACCAGUACUAAAGAAAGAUGAAAUUACGAAAUAUCCGGUAGUUCUACAUGUGUAUGGAGGUCCAGGGAGUCAAAGAGUAACAGAGAAAUUUUCAAUUGGAUGGGAGACAUAUUUAACUAGUUCUCAGGAAAUGAUCUAUGUGUAUGCUGAUGGACGUGGUUCUGGUGGUCGAGGACAGAAAUUUUUACAUCAGAUCUACAGAAGAUUUGGUACUGUGGAGGUUGAUGAUGCCAUUGCUGCGGGAAAGCAUUUUUCCAAGUUACAUUAUGUGGAUGAUAAAAAGGUGGCUAUAUGGGGAUGGUCUUUUGGAGGUUUUGUAGCAGCUUCAGCAUUAGGAAAACAAACAGAUACAUUUCAAUGUGGUAUCUCUGUAGCUCCAGUUACAGACUGGAUUUAUUAUGAUUCAGUGUAUACAGAGAGAUAUAUGGGAUUACCACGAGCUGAUGAUAAUCUUCAAGGUUAUAAAGAUGCUAAUGUUUCUAAAAAUGUUGAAAAUUUUAAAAAUAGUAACUUCCUUUUAAUACAUGGUACUGGAGAUGAUAAUGUUCAUUUCCAGAAUUCAGCACAAUUAAUGAAAGCAUUAACAGAAAAAGAUGUUUAUUAUAGAACUCAGCUUUAUACAGAUAAACACCAUGGUUUAUUGGGAGGCAACACACGUCACCAUUUUUAUGAAACUAUGGAAGACUUUUUAUUUGAGUGCUUUAAAGGCUAUUCACAAAAACAUGGCAAAGAACCUCAACCUGUUGAGAAAAAACCCCAAACAUUAUAAAACUGGACAGCUUUGUUCAUUUUAAGUGCCAAUGUUAUUUUGAAUUACUUUGAUGUAUACUUCCUGCUGACCAACCUUUACUUCAUGUUGCUAUGGUGUUGGAGUUGACAUCUGGAUGUGAAUUAUCUGUGUUGCCAUAGUGAUAUGACAAAAAUAGUGUUACCAUGGUGAUGUUAUGAUGACAAAAAUAUCAUGGUGAAAUG